AUGAAGGACAAACAAAAGAGAAAGAAGGAGCGGACCUGGGCUGAGGCGGCUCGCAUGGUGUUGGAGAACUUCUCUGAUGCUCCCAUGACUCCCAAACAAAUCCUCCAUGUCAUCCAGACCAAGGGGCUGAAGGAAAUGAGGAGUGGGACAGCUCCCUUGGCGUGUCUGGUCACCAUGCUGCACUCCCAGGUGAGAGGAGACCGAGUGAAGAACAGCAUCUUCUUCAAGCUGCCUGGACGGAUGAGUCUGUUCACCCUGAAGAAGAAUGCCCUCCAGUGGACAAAGACAACUUCAGAGUCGGAGACGCUGGCCGAAGUGGCCGGCAGUACUGGCCACCAGGCUUCGAGCAGCGGCGGCCCUGCAGCAGGCUCGGCCGUGGUCCCAGUCGGUCCCACUGAGGCCACAGAGCAGGAGAGCUGUGACUCCACUGAGACCACCGCUGCUGCCAGUGGAGACAAUGACGCCUCAGUGGACGAGAGCUCGUCCAGUGCCUCCUGCUCCACAGAGCUGCAGGCUCCCAGCUCCCAGCCCCAGACCCGUCUCAGCAGGGCAGCAGGACAGCAGGGACGUACAGACGCACAGCAGACCCAGCACACCCAACACGCCCAAACCAGACUGAGCCGCUCCAGACAGUCAGGGAGGCAGAGGAAGAAAGCAGUCAUGAUGCCUCGUGUUGUCCUCACGCCUCUGAAAGUGAAUGGAGAGCAUGUCCCUUCAGGGCCCAUGAAGAGGAGUCGAGGAGGGGUGGAUGUUGACUUUGAAACACCUGGAUCCAUCCUGGUCAACACCAACAUCAGAGCUCUCAUCAAUGUGCGGACCUUUUCAGCCUUUCCCACACACUCUCAGCAGCAGCUGCUUCAGCUGCUGCCAGAGGUCGACCGACAGAUCGGACCUGAUGGGAUGGCCAGACUGAGCAGCUCAGCUCUCAACAACGAGUUCUUCACCCAUGCCUCCCAGAGCUGGAAGGAGAGGCUGGCUGAGGGUGAGUUCACUCAUGAGAUGCAGGUGCGUUUCCGACAGGAGAUGGAGAAAGAGAAGAAGGUGGAGGUGUGGAAGGAGAAGUUUUUUGAAGAAUACCACGGGCAAAAGUCCGGUCUAACACGAGAGGAGUCUCUGAAACUCACCAUGAGUGAAGCCAGUGAAGUUGGAGCCAGUGUGCUGGACAGUGAUGUGGCAGUGGUGACGAGCGGUGCCCCCAAGAGACGCAGCGUGGGUCGGCGGAGGAGAGACGGCAGGAUGAGGAGACGCACGCGAGCUGACCUGCGUCGCAGGGCCCGCAGGCCCCUUUGUAAGGCCCCUGCUGCAGCCCUUCAGUCUGCAGACACAGCUGAGGCCAGUGCUGCAGUCGACAUGUCAACGGUUUCUGUUGGCUCGCCUGUGUCCGAUGCCACCGUGGUUCAGGGCGAGGUUGUGCUGCAGGCCGAGUGUGGCGUGGAGCUCCCAGCCGAGAGCGCCUCCAUGGAGCCAAAGCCCUCCCCCGACCCGGACCCCAGCCCCAGCCCAGCCUCUACCAGUGCAAACGAGGAGCCCGAGGUGACAGCCCGCCUGCUCCCCGAGGAGGCUGCACCUGUCCUGACCUCCACCUCCUCCCCGUCCUCCUCCUCCUCUGUCUCGUCUGCCUCCUCACCCGCCUCCUCACCCUCCUCACCUUCUGAUAGACAGGGAGCUUUUGCUGCUGGCUUGGACUCAUCUUCAUCCUCCUCAGCAUCUUCCAGCGCCGCAGUGGCGGCCGAUCCCCUGGACGACACCGCCUCCGUGGUCACAUCCGUCACAGGCGGCACUGUCACCAGCAGCCGAGAGAGCAGCCCCUCCGCCAGCCCAGCCAGCACCCCAGCCCCAAGCGCCCAGCUCAAGGAGCAGAAGAGGAGGCCAGAGGAGACUCAGGCCUUCUCCAGCUUCCCCGAAAAGAGGCCGCGGCUCGACGACCGUCAGUCCUUUCGUACCACAAUCGACGGUGUCCGUUCGGAGAAGCCGCAGCCGACAACAGAAGAGCCCAAGGUGCCGCCUAUCAGGAUUCAACUGUCCAGAAUCAAACCUCCCUGGGUCAAGGGCCACCCAACCUACCAGAUCUGCCCCCGGAUCGUGCCCCCCGGCGAGGGCUCGCGGCGGUCGGGGACGGGGGGCGCACGCACCUUGGCAGACAUCAAAGCCCGCGCCCAGCAAGCCCGGGCCCAGCGCGAGGCCGCUGCUGCUGUUGCAGCCUCUGGCGACGGGGCGGGGUCGGCCGGGGUCCGGUUGCGGCCUGCUGCUGGGCUACCGGAUAGCAGCAGUGGAAGAAGAGCACGAGAGCAUCCGGGACCUAUCGAGAGAGGAGGAGGAGGAGGAGGAGGAGGAGGAGAUAGUGGGAUGGAGGAGCAGGGAUCGUCUUCAGGCGCUAAUUCGUCUGGAACACAACUACUGCUUCUCAGUGUAGAUCCCACACCCCAGCCCUCCCCCUCCCUGUCCACUACCUCCACCUCCAUGUCCCUGGAGCCCUCGCAGACACCCAGCCCCCCUCGAGAGGAGGCAGUUGGGGGGCCAGAGUCUGUAGAGGAAAUAGAAGCUACAUCCGCCGGAGUUCAGAGCCCCCCCAACGGGAUCGCAGACAAGGCUGCUGACUCGCCAGAGCCCGACACUGUAGCCGAGUCUGUGGUCCCCCAGCCCACCAGGAAAAGCCAGGUGCCAGAGUCGGUGGCAGCCCCCUCAGAGAGGCCAGGCCAAGUCUGUGAAAAACCCUCACUGGCCCCGACUUCAAUCCCUGAUUCCCUCCCCAGGUUCGGGGCUCAGGGUGUGGAUGUUAUUCAGACGCUGGCCAGCUCCAAGGAACAAGGGAAAGAGGCCGGGCAGGGGGGUGUCAUCCAGCAUGGCUCCCAUCACGUGGACCCCCAGGAGCCCCUCCCUCACUCAGCUGCAGAGACAACAGGUGUGGACUCUGUGUCCGGAGCAGAGAAGGAAGACGAGGCGGGUACUCACAGCGACUCCACGGAAACCGCCUCAGACUGUGAGAACGAGAGUCAGGACGAUGAGCAGCAGCAGCCAGACCAGGACUGGGGCCCCCUCCUGAGCACCCAGAGAAACAGCCAGCUGGUCAUAUGCAGCUCUCAGAACCAGCAGCCAGUCAUCCAGGCCCACGUGUCCAGCCGCCAAGGUCAGACCGUCAUUCAGCCCUGCUUCCCCAACAGUUUGCCCCGCCCCCAUUCUGUGGACCAGCAGUCUCACACUCAGGGGCUCAAGGACCCUAGUGUCGUGGUCAAACUGGAACCAGUGGACGACGGACGAGCCCCCAGACAGAGUUCUGCUGAGGAGGAUUGUCGUGGAGGUGUGAAGUCCUCGGUGUCCUCCAGGAGACCGUCCAGCUCCUCCAGACCCGUGUCCAGCGUGGAGGCCAACAAUCCUCUGGUCACCCAGCUGCUGCAGGGCAGCCUGCCCCUGGAGAAGGUCCUCCCCCCACACUCUGCCAACAGGCUGGAGAUCAGCCGACUGCCAGGACCCCAAUCCAGACCGCUGCCACCAAGGACCCCAGGGCCUCGCCACAGGCCUGAGGCCUCUGCCCAGUCUUCUAGUCCAGAACUGAAUGUGGUCUCUCAGCUCCACAUCAAGUCUCCGACAGGCCGCUCGGUGUCAUGUGUGAUGGAGGGCCCCGCUGUGUCACAGUAUCAGUCCCAGCAGGCCCCCGGGGCUGUGCCGGUCAUCACCCCCCUGCCCCCCUCCUCCUCCUCCAGGAGUAAGUCAGAGCCCAACUACCAGAGUGCUGUGGAGUCGGCCGUCAUCAAAGAGUCUCGUGGCCCCCAGCCCUCCCCCGGGGCGACUCCGGACCGGCCCCAGCCAGCCCACCGGACCAUGCCUAACGGGCCGUCUCCUCCCCACGCAGACACCUGUCCCACGGAGAUGCUGCCUACUAUUAAGAUUAACUGGCGCCCCCCCCAGUCUCAGCUCCCCCACCCUCACCAACAGCAGCUCUCUCCUGCACCCACUAUAAAAAAUGAAGCGGUGAUGCGCCCCUCCUGCCAGGCUCUGGCCAAAUCCUCUCCCACUGUACCCAUGAGUGUCACCAAAAAGGAGCCAUUGAGCUCUAUGGACAGCUACCUGAGCGGGGGGGCAAUGGAGGGGCUCCUUAACAUGGAGAUGACUUUAGCCAGGAUGGCAAAAAAGGAGCACAUUAAAGCUCCCUACUCCUCUGGCUCCCCCUCCACCUCCUCCUCUCCUUCCCCCUCCUCCUCUGCCUCCUCUCUCCCUUUCCAGCUGUAUGGGAAGCUGCCCAAGCCGGGCGGAGGUGUGGGCGCCGUGAGCUACACAGCCAACGUGUCAGUCAUGGACAAUGGCGGCUUCUCGCGGAGCAUGGCGGACGGCGUGCUGCAGCUGCACCCCCGCCUGGCCUCCGGUCAGACCCUGAGCAUCCAGGCCUUCACUGACAGCACAACGGAGGAGGUGGCGCUCAAGUGCUCAUGUCGCCUCAAAGCCAUGAUCAUGUGCCAGGGCUGCGGCGCCUUCUGCCACGACGACUGCAUCGGGCCCUCCAAACUCUGCGUGUCGUGUCUGGUGGUCAGAUAGCAUGGUGACUGUGUGUGUACAGGAUCAGGACUGGGGCGCUCUGAAGGAGGGGGGGCCUGACAGGCAGGACUUGUAUAAUAUAACUGGUCUGUAUUUUUUGUUGUUACAGAUUUUCAGAUUUUUUAGUUGUACUGAUAUAUUGUUAUUAUU